UAUCAUCUCUGUUGCUGGUGGGUGACAAACGCGAAGCCACUGCGCAUGCGCACAUCUUCACCUCAUAGACGAUCUUUGGUGAAGCAAAAUGGCGUCUGAAGACGUGCUGGCUUCUCUGGGGGUGGAGGGAGCCUCAGCAGCCGCGCAUGCGCUGUCUCUCCCUGCGGACGCAUACGGAAAUGACCCGCGGCUGGAGGUCAUGUGGGCGAUGAAGGCCUACAACCACGCAGAGGUCUACUUCAAUCUCAUCUCCUCGGUGGAUCCAAAGUUCCUGAAGCUGACGAAGCUGGACGAUGAGAUCUACUCCAGCUUCAGGGAGACCUUCAGAGACCUGGACCUGAAGCUGCUGAGGACCGAGGACCUCAAAUCGGACCGGGCCAAAGAGACCUGGAGGACCUUCUGUAAUCAGUUUGAAGGACUCAUCGAGGACUUUAACUACGGAACUCUGCUUCGUCUGGACUGUGAGAAAGAUUACACCGAGGAAAACACCAUAUUUGCCACAAGGACUCAGUUCUUUGCUGUUGAAAUCGCUCGAAACAGAGAAGGCUUCAACAGCAGCGUGUUCCUGUCCAAAGGCUCCCAGUAACAGGGACCCUCCCCUCCAGUACCCCCCCCCCCCUCCAUCUUCAUUGUAUUUACUGUAAAGUUGUAUUGUUUAUUUUUUUUAACAAUGAAGUUGCCUGUAACCAUGGAAACACAAAAUAAAAUCUGAAUCUUGUUUAGGAAAAGUAACGUUACAUCAGAUGUCAUUUAUAAUUAGUAAAUAAUUUGAUUACUGUACUACGCUGAAGUAUUUUUACAAUAAUACUUCUAUUAGUGUUUAUUGCACAUUUUACAAGUAAUCAAUUACUUUAGAAGUUAUUAGUAAUUUAAGUUCAUCCAGCUCUUAUUUUGAAAAUGAACUGGAUUAAAUAACACUUCAUGGACCCCUU